CAAAACUUAACGUCCGACGACAGCAGGGCCGAGCUGGGCUCAUGGUUUUGGUCGACGCGCUUCUUCAUCCAGAUCCAGUGAAGCGAAUGAGCAAAUCAUGUAUCCUCGAAUCACACAGUGUAAUAAUUGUAAUUUCUCAAAACUGUUCUCGUAAGUCCCUACUGGUGUUUAUUUAUAGAUCAAAGCAGUAGCAAAUUAGUGAAGCUAGCAGUAUUUGGAAGAAUGGGAAGGCAAUCGAGCGUUUGGAUUACAAGCCAGCAGAAAAAGAGAUGGCCACUGAUGAUUCUAUUACUCCUUUCUCUAUCAACGCUGAUAGCCUUCCUCAUCAGAUCCACCUUCGAUUCUUGCAGCAACAGUUCUAGUAACAAUGUCAGUCAUUUCGUCCGGGAAGGACAAGAAGAAGAAGUGGACACCUACAAUGAAGUUAACCGCAAUGAUGAAGCACCGACUCCAAAUCCUCUCGAUUUCAUGAAGUCAAAACUCGUUCUCUUAGUCUCUCACGAACUUUCCCUUUCCGGCGGGCCUUUAUUGUUAAUGGAGCUGGCAUUUCUGCUAAGAGGAGUUGGCGCCGACGUUGUUUGGGUAACUAACCAGAAACCAACCGAAUCUGAUGACAUCGUUUAUAGUUUAGAACACAAGAUGCUGGAUCGAGGAGUUCAGGUUUUCUCUGCCAGAGGUCAGGAAGCCGUGGACACUGCUCUUAAGGCUGAUUUGGUAGUUUUGAACACUGCAGUUGCUGGAAAGUGGCUGGAUGCUGUUCUUAAAGAACAUGUUGCUGAUGUUCUUCCAAAGGUUCUCUGGUGGAUUCAUGAAAUGCGAGGACAUUACUUCAAACUAGAAUAUGUUAAGCACCUCCCUUUUGUUGGAGGUGCCAUGAUUGAUUCACAUAUCACAACAAUUUACUGGAAAAACCGGACAAAGGAACGAUUAGGCAUUAAAAUGCCUGAAACAUAUGUUGUUCACUUGGGAAAUAGCAAGGAACUAAUGGAAGUGGCUGAAAAUAAAGUUGCCAAGAGGAUUCUCCGUGAGCAUGUUCGUGAAUCUCUUGGAGUGCGAAGUGAAGAUCUAGUCUUUGCUCUUAUAAAUAGUGUUUCCCGAGGGAAGGGCCAGGACCUUUUUCUUCGUUCAUUUCAUGAAAGUUUGAAGUUGAUCCUAGAGAAAAAACUACAGGUGCCAGCAAUUCAUGCAGUCAUAGUGGGAAGUGACAUGAAUGCUCAGACAAAGUUUGAAACGGAACUACGUAACUUUGUAUCGGAGAAUAAUAUUCAGGGUCGAUUGCACUUUGUUAAUAAAACCCUGACUGUAGCUCCCUAUCUGGCUUCUAUUGAUGUUCUUGUUCAAAAUUCUCAGGCCCGGGGAGAGUGUUUCGGAAGGAUAACAAUAGAAGCUAUGGCCUUUCAGCUUCCUGUCCUGGGCACUGCAGCCGGUGGCACCACAGAGAUAGUGGUAAACGGGACAACAGGCUUGUUGCAUCCUGCUGGCAAAGAAGGUGUGAUGCCCCUCGCAAAUAACAUUGUGAAACUAGCAACAAAUGUAGAGAAGAGGCUGACAAUGGGGAAGAAAGGAUAUGAAAGGGUGAAAGAAAGGUUUUUAGAGCAUCACAUGUCUGAAAGAAUCGCUAAGGUUCUGAAGGAAGUACUGCAAAAGGCAAAACGCUACUCUGAUUCUUAAAAACUUUGCCGCAGUUCAGUGCCUUCAUCGUCCAGUCGUGUCUUUCAACAUUCUGCUUUUUUUGUGACUCCUAAAUUGGUACCAUUUUCAAGUACAAUAGAUAUUCAAGUUAUGGUGCCAUUUUUCAUUCUUUUUACGUUUAAAUUUAUUCUUUUCUACAAUGAGGGUUGUAAUCAAGAAAAAAAAAUACUUGUGACUUAAAUUGGCUCGAUUCAAAAUUCCAAAUAUACUGUUAU